CGUGUUCCGACCCGCUAGGCCCGGCGCGGCUCGGAUCCGGCGGCUGCCGGGAGUGGGUGGGGGCGAAGCCGGGGCAGGGGAGGUGCCGCCAAAGCUGCCGAGCCGUCCGUUGGAAGAAUUUUCUGCAGGUGCCCAGCCUGAGAACAGGGCUGCUGACAGUGUGAGCUCUAGAUGGUGUGAAAUCAGCAGAGAGCCAGAAAAUGGCUACAGCCUUAGAACCAGAGGACCAGGACCUUUGGGAAGAAGAGGGAAUUCUGAUGGUGAAAUUGGAAGAUGAUUUCACCUGUGGGUCAGAGUCCAUCUUACAGAGAGAUGACCCUGUACUUGAGACUUCACACCAGAACUUCCGACGAUUUCGCUACCAGGAAGCAGCAAGUCCUCGUGAAGCUCUCAUUCGACUCCGAGAACUUUGCCAUCAGUGGCUGAGGCCAGAGAGGCGGACAAAGGAACAGAUCCUCGAGCUGCUUGUGCUGGAACAGUUCCUCACUGUCCUGCCUGGAGAACUGCAGAGCUGGGUGCGGGGGCAGCGGCCAGAAAGUGGAGAGGAGGCAGUGACACUGGUGGAGGGUUUGCAGAAACAGCCCAGGAGACCAAGGCGGUGGGUGACUGUCCAUGUUCAUGGCCAGGAAGUCCUGUCAGAGGAGUCAGUACAUCUAGGAGCAGUGCCCGAGUCACCAAGUGAGCUGCAGGACCCUGUACAGACCUCAACCCCCAAGGAAUCCCAUGAGGAGACCACACAGAGCCCAGAUCUGGGGGCACUGGAAGAGCAGAGCCCGGGUUCUGAAGAGGAGUUCCAGCCUCUGCAGGAGAGCGAGGCUCACGUGCUCCAUGACCCAGGUCUUCCUGAAGAGAGGAACACUAGAGACCCAGAGAUGGUGGCCCUUCUCACUGCUCUAUCACAGGGACUGGUAACUUUCAAGGAUGUGGCUGUAUGCUUCUCCCAGGACCAGUGGAGUGACCUGGAUCCAGCACAGAAAGAGUUCCAUGGAGAAUACGUCUUGGAAGAAGACUGUGGAAUUGUGGUCUCUCUGUCAUUUCCAAUCCCCAGGCUAGAUGAGAUCUCCCAGGUUAGAGAGGAAGAGUCUUGGGUCCCAGAUAUCCAAGAGCCUCAAGAGCCUCAAGAGACAGAAAUCCUGAGUUUUACCUACACAGGAGAUCAGAGUGAAGAUGAAGAAGAUUAUCUUGAGCAAGAAGAUCUGAGUUUGGAGGAUCUACAGAGGUCUAUUUUGGGAGAUCCAGAAAUUCACCAGACUCCUGAUUGGGAAAUAGUCUUGGAGGAUAAUCCAGGUAGACUUAAUGAGAGUGGAUUUGGUACAAGUACUUCUCAAGUUAAUAGUUUUACGAAUCUCCAAGAAACCAUGCCUCUUCACCCGCUGUUAGGGAGACAUCACGACUGUCCUGUAUGUGGAAAAAGCUUCACUUGUAACUCCCACCUUGUUAGACAUCUGAGAACUCACACAGGAGAGAAACCCUAUAAAUGUAUGGAGUGUGGGAAAAGUUACACACGCAGCUCACAUCUUGCCAGGCACCAGAAGAUUCACAAGAUGGGCACUUCUUAUAAAUUUCCCUUAAACCGGAAGAAUGUGGAUGAGACCUCCCCACUGAUACAGGCUGAGAGAACUCCGCCUAUUGAGAAACCCUAUAGAUGUGACGAUUGUGGGAAACACUUCCGCUGGACUUCAGACCUUGUCAGGCAUCAAAGGACACAUACAGGAGAAAAACCCUUCUUCUGUACUAUUUGUGGCAAAAGCUUCAGCCAGAAAUCUGUGCUAACAACACACCAAAGGAUCCACCUGGGAGGCAAACCCUAUUCAUGUGGAGAGUGUGGCGAGGACUUCCAUGACCACAGGCGAUAUCUGGCACACCAGAAAACGCAUGCAGCUGAGGAGCUCUAUCUCUGUAGUGAAUGUGGACGGUGCUUCAACCACAGUUCAGCCUUUGCCAAGCACCUGAGAGGACAUGCGUCAGUGAGGCCCUGCCGAUGCAAUGAAUGUGGGAAAAGCUUCAGUCGGAGGGACCACCUCGUCAGGCACCAGAGAACACACACUGGUGAGAAACCAUUCAUGUGCCCUACCUGUGGAAAAAGCUUCAGCAGAGGAUACCACUUAAUCAGGCAUCAAAGGACCCACUCGGAAAAGACCCCCUAGCUAGGCCCCAUGUGAGGAGAUCUGCAGUCAUCCCUUACCUAAGGGUGAGCUAGGUGAAGCCCUCUUGUCAACCUGGGAGACUUCCCAUGACUAAAUAAAAACCCCAGGCAGAGCUGCUUCUACAGCUUGAGGCUAUAUUUUGCCCAAAGUACAACCUGAGUUGAGGCUGCUUCUUGACUGGAGUGUUCCUGCCUCUGCUUCAUGGGUACAGAGUAGGAGAAUUAGAAGACUUAAGAGGUUGUAGUUACUUUGUUCUCCAAAAAAUAGGCUGUUACAUACCCUAAAGACUACUUGACAACCUCAAGUUUAAAGUGGCCAAGGACAACCCCUUGGGUUUGGUAAGGGACCAGCCUUAAGGUGUCUGUCCUUACUGAGGUCAUGGUUAAAUAAAGCACACAGCCCUGGACUCGAGACAGGAGAUCUGGGUCACGAUGACUUUGCUGCACAUUUGCGGGAUAACUGUAUAAAUCCCUCCCUGUCCGAUUCACUUGCUCACCAUGCACUUUCCUAUGAUGCUGGGGAAAACGGGAGAGGCGUAUGAUGGGUGAAAGUCUUAAGGCUGCUGCUUAUGGACCUUUUCAGCUCUUCCCUUCCCUGCUGUCAAAAUGGUGCUGGGCCAGACACUGCAAGAAAGGAGGACUUAGCAUCCUCUGUUUCUUUGUGGGUUUGCAUUUUGUUUUAUUUUUUUACCCCUGUUAAAUGACUUUUACAUUUUUAGCCUCCCUAGUAUUCUACCAGUGUCUUGGUUUUGUCCCUGGCACUUAUUCUAAAAGUGAGAUGUAGCAUUCAGACUGAAGGCGCCAGUAAAGCAUAACUAAAUCAUCAUGAGGUUAUUUACAUUCCCACAUAUGCACAAGCCCGCUUGCCCCACCACCCUACCCCACCCCACCCCCACCCUUCACAUGGGUUUUGUGAGGGGAUUUGGGGACAGUGUCAGCUUACAAAGGCACUAGAAUCAUGAUCGACUGGGUCACCACAUUUACAUGAAGAAAACUGGAGAAGAUAUGAGAUCAAACUAUGAAAAAUUAAGAAAAAGCUGUUAGCUGCUGGCCAGGGCCAUUGAGACUAUUCUGACACCCAGUCGCUGACAUCCCUGCCUCAGUUCUCUGAAUCCAGCGAACAUUCUGAACCUCCACACCUGGGACCUGCAGAGCAUACCAGGAGUCAAUGGCUUACAUGUAUUUGUGUUGUUUGCUUUUAUGUGGUUUCAUUUUCAUGUAAUUAAGAACUUGGUAGUAUUUCAUGACGGCCCAAGGAUCUCUGUCGUUUGAUAGAGGUUACCAUGGGGGUGAGGCUGAAUAAUUAUGAACCUCACCAGCUCUGACAGUGGGUGUGGCUAGGACUGGGGAGACUGUCCUCCAUAAAUGGAGCACGGGAUAUGGGAUUAAAGCAUGAGAAGGGA